AAGGUCGCGAGUUUUCUGGGCGUCAUAACGAAGUGCUGCAGAAAUUUCCAAGGAGCCAUUGAAUCAUCUGCUUAUAGCCUUCUCUAACCAACAAGUGGCGUCUAGGGCAUGUGGCUAUGCCAUUGCUGCAGCAACUGCAUAAGGAAGAAGCAGUAAAGGGGCUGAAGCUUUCUGGGCAACCAAAUGAUACCAAGUGCGAGACGUGUCUGCUGAGCAAGUUCACACGGUUCCCCUUUCACGGCGUAGCUGGGAAAAGCAAGGCAGCACUGGAACUGGUGCACAUGGACCUGGUAGGACCUUUUCCAGUUCGAGGAAGUAAGGGGGAAAGAUACUUCCUGACAAUAGUUGAUGACUGGAGUCGGCUGAUUCGGGAUGUCAAAUUUGUGGAGAACAUCAUGUAUGGCAAGUGGGAGAAGCAGCCGGAGGCAAGGGUCACCCAGCAGCUGGAAGAGAUCACUAUGCACUUCGAUUUGUCCGAACCUGAGGACAGCGAAGUCACUGCGCCAACGGCAAGCGGUGAAGCAGAUGGACAUCGUAACCGCUUUUCUGUACGGCAUAGUGGAAGAGGAGGUGUACAUGGUUCAACCACCUGGCUAUGAGGAUGGAACCGGUCGUGUCUGCAAACUUAAC